GCUGCCAUCCCCGAGGAGCCGCUCCAGAGACCAAAGAAAGAACUUUCAACUACCAAGAAAGAUCGAGUUAAUCAUUGCCUAACAAUAUGCGAAAACAUAGUUGCUCAGUCUUUAAGAAAUUCUCCAGAAUUUCAGAAGCUGCUGGGGAUUGCUAUGGAACUCUUUCUCCUCUGUAGUGAGGAUGCAGAAUCUGAUGUCCGGAUGGUUGCUGAUGAAUGCCUUAAUAAAGUUAUUAAAGCUUUGAUGGAUUCCAAUCUUCCUAGGUUACAAUUAGAACUGUAUAAAGAGAUUAAAAAGAAUGGUGCUUCCAGAAGUCUACGUGCUGCACUCUGGAGAUUUGCUGAGCUUGCCCAUCUAGUUCGACCUCAAAAAUGCAGGCCGUACUUAGUGAACCUUUUGCCCUGUCUAACACGAAUAAGCAAGAGACCUGAAGAAUCGGUACAAGAGACACUAGCUGCAGCAAUACCAAAAAUCAUGGCAGCGUUUGGCAAUUUUGCAAACGACAAUGAAAUUAAGGUUUUAUUGAAGGCUUUCAUAGGUAAUCUUAAAUCCAGUUCCCCUACUAUCCGUCGAACAGCGGCAGGAUCAGCAGUAAGCAUCUGUCAACAUUCGCGAAGGAUGCAGUAUUUUUAUGCCUGGUUAUUGAAUGUACUUUUAGGCUUGUUGGUUCCUGUAGAAGAUGAUCAUCCUACUCUUUUAAUUCUGGGUGUUUUACUUACACUGAGGUAUCUCAUACCUUUAUUGCAACAACAAGUAAAGGAUACCAGCCUGAAAGGCAGUUUUGGUGUAACAAGAAAAGAAACAGAGAUUUCACCUUCACCAGAACAACUUAUACAGGUUUAUGAAUUGACUCUGCAUUAUACCCAGCAUCAGGACCAUAAUGUUGUGACUGGAGCUUUAGAAUUAUUACAACAGCUGUUUAGAACACCACCACCUGAACUUCUCCAUGCCCUGACCGCUUCAGGUGGCAUUGCACAGGUCAGUGUAUCCAAAGAUGAGUCUGCCAGCAGGAACCGCAGCGGGAGCAUAGUGGAACUUAUAGCUGGAGGGGGGUCUUCAUGCAGCCCUGUUCUUGCGAGAAAGCAAAAAGGUAAAAUACUUCUUGGUGAAGAAGAAGGUUUGGAAGAUGAUCCUGAAACCCGGUCAGAUGUCAGCACUGCAUCAUUUGCAGCUUCUAUGAAGAGUGAGAUAAACAGUGAACUAGCUUCUUCAUCGGGUGUAUCGACAGCUGGCUCAGUAGGGAGUUCAGCUGCUGAUUCUACUGGACAUGAUAUAAUUACUGAGCAGCCACGUUCACAACACACGUUACAGUCAGACUCUGUAGACCUGACAAGCUGUGAUUUGACAAGUACAGCUACUGAAGGGGAAGAAGAUGAUGUGCUUAGUCGAAGCUCCAGCCAGAUCAGUGCUGUCCAGUCAGAUCCUACUAUGGACUUGAAUGAUGGUACACAGGCUUCCUCACCAAUCAGUGAUAGCUCUCAGACUACUACAGAAGGUCCAGACUCUGCUGUAACCCCUUCGGACAGUUCUGAAACUGUUUUGGAGGGUGCUGAAGGACAGUAUUCUGGAAUGCAGAUUGGACAGCUGCAGGAUGAGGAAGAUGAGGCUGCAAAUAUUCUCCAAGAUGAUUCAUCAGAGUCUUUCAGAAAUUCUUCCAUUGCUCUUCAACAGCCUCACCUGUUGAAAACCAUGAGCCAUAGCAGGCAGCCUUCUGAUAGCAGCGUAGAUAGAUUUACAUCAAAAGAAGAUGCAGCCGAUCCUGGUGAUCAUGAAAAUAAGCCCUCCAGGGUAAAGGGAGACAUAGGUCACUAUACCGAUGGAGAUUCUGCUCCUUUAGUGCACUGCGUUAGACUCCUGUCAGCCUCUUUUCUGCUCACUGGGGAGAAAGGAGCCUUAGUUCCUGAUAGAGAAGUGAGAGUUAGUGUAAAAGCCCUGGCAGUAAGUUGUGUUGGAGCAGCUGUCGCGCUUCACCCUGAAUCUUUCUUCAGCAAAUUGUAUAAAACACCCCUUGAAGCGAUGCGGGAAGAGUAUGAGGAGCAGUAUGUAUCAGAUAUUCUGAACUACACUGACCAUGGAGAUCCCCAGAUUAGAGGAGCUACUGCCAUUCUGUGUGGAACAAUUGUCAACUCCAUUCUAAUUAAAUCCCGCUUUGAUGUGGAAAAAUGGCUAAUAAAUGUCAGAAACUCAACAGGUAAUCUCUUUUCCUUGGUAGACUGCGUACCUCUGCUACAGAAAACACUGAAAGAUGAGUCGUCUGUUACUUGCAAACUGGCUUGUACAGCUGUGAAGCAUUGCAUCAUGAGCCUAUGUAGUAGCAGUUACAGUGAACUAGGUUUACAAUUAAUUGUUGACCUCCUUACGCUGAAGAAUAGCUCAUAUUGGCUAGUAAGGACGGAACUUCUGGAAACACUUGCAGAGGUUGAUUUUCGGCUAGUCAGCUUCCUGGAAGGAAAAACUGAGAGCUUGCACCGAGGUUUUCAUCAUUAUACUGGUUUACUAAAACUUCAGGAGAGAGUGCUUGAUAAUGUUGUAAUAUGUCUGCUUGGAGAUGAAGAUCCAAGAGUUAGACAUGUAGCUGCAGCUUCAUUAAUAAGGCUUGUUCCAAAGCUGUUCUAUAACUGUGAUCAAGGACAGGCUGAUCCAGUUGUGGCAGUAGCAAGAGACCAAAGUAGUGUCUACCUGAAACUACUAAUGCAUGAAACACAGCCUCCAUCUCACUUUGCAGUGAGCACUAUCACCAGAAUAUAUAGAGGUUACAAUAUGCUGCAAAGUCCAACAGAUGUCACUAUGGAAAACAAUCUCUCAAGGGUUAUUGCAGCAGUUUCCCAUGCAUUGACAAUAUCCACUACAAGAGCACUUACAUUUGGCUGCUGUGAAGCUUUGUGCCUUCUCUCCACAACGUUUCCAGUCUGUACCUGGACUAUUGGAUGGCACUGUGGUGUUUCCCAGCCAAGUCCUUCAGAUGAAGUUCAGAAAGGCUGCACCAUUGGAAUGGCCGGCAUGGUACUGUCUCUCCUUUCAUCAGCAUGGUUCCCACUGGACCUCUCUGCACAUCAGGAUGCUUUGAUUUUGACUGGAAACUUGCUUGCUGCAAGUGCUCCCAAAUGCUUAAAGAAUCCCUGGAGUGCUGAAGAUGAUUCAAACCAAGGUGCUGCAAAGCAGGAGGAGCCUUGGCCAGCUCUAGCAGAUAGAACUCUUGUUACUUUAGUAGAACAGCUCUUUUCUCAUCUGCUGAAGGUCAUUAAUAUUUGUGCACAUGUAAUGGAUGAUGUUGCCCCUGGCCCAGCAGUAAAGGCAGCAUUACCUUCUCUCACAAAUCCACCUUCUUUGAGUCCAAUUCGGAGGAAGGGAAAAGAGAGGGAGUCUGUUGAACAGGCAUCUGUGCCAAUGAGCCCUAAAAAGGGGGGUGAAACGAGUCCGGCUACUAGGCAAACUGAUGCUACUGGGCCUGUUCCAACAAGUAAAUCAUCUUCAGUAGGAAGCUUUUAUCAUCUUCCUUCAUAUCUGAAGUUAUACGAUGUCUUGAAAGCAACCCAUGCUAAUUAUAAGGUUACUUUGGAUCUCCAGAACAGUAAUGAAAAGUUUGGAUGUUUUUUACGGUCUGCCUUAGAUGUUCUGUCUCAAAUCUUGGAACUUGCUACUCUUCAAGACAUUGGAAAGUGUGUAGAAGAAAUUUUGGGAUACCUAAAAUCGUGUUUCAACAGAGAACCAACAAUGGCAACAGUUUGUGUACAGCAGUUACUGAAAACAUUGUUUGGGACAAAUCUGGCUUCUCAAUAUGAUGGCUUGUCUUCAAACCCCAACAAAGCUCAAGGCAAAGCGCAACGCUUAGGUUCUUCCAAUUUGAGACCUGGUCUCUAUCAUUAUUGCUUCAUGGCACCAUACACACAUUUCACACAGGCCCUUGCUGAUGCUAGUCUGAGGAACAUGGUUCAGGCUGAGCAAGAACACGAUGCAUCGGGAUGGUUUGAUGUGCUGCAGAAAGUUUCUACACAGCUGAAAACUAGCAUUACCAGUGCAGCAAAACACCGUGCUGAUAAGAAUGCUAUUCACAAUCACAUUCGUUUAUUUGAACCCCUUGUCAUAAAAGCAUUGAAACAAUAUACUACAACAACAUCGGUACAGCUGCAGAGACAAGUUCUAGACUUGCUUGCUCAACUUGUUCAGCUACGAGUUAACUACUGUCUUCUGGAUUCAGAUCAGGUGUUCAUUGGAUUUGUGCUAAAGCAGUUUGAAUACAUUGAAGUAGGACAGUUCAGGGAAUCUGAAGCAAUUAUUCCUAAUAUCUUUUUUUUCCUGGUGUUACUGUCUUAUGAGCGGUAUCAUUCCAAACAGAUAAUAGGAAUUCCUAAGAUCAUUCAGCUGUGUGAUGGUAUCAUGGCCAGUGGGAGGAAAGCUGUUACUCAUGCAAUACCAGCUCUGCAGCCUAUUGUUCAUGAUCUCUUUGUAUUAAGAGGAACAAAUAAAGCCGAUGCUGGAAAAGAGUUGGAAACACAAAAAGAGGUGGUAGUGUCAAUGCUGCUGAGACUUAUUCAGUACCAUCAGGUGCUAGAAAUGUUCAUCUUAGUAUUGCAGCAGUGUCAUAAAGAAAAUGAAGACAAAUGGAAAAGAUUGUCCCGGCAAAUAGCUGACAUCAUUCUCCCAAUGCUUGCAAAACAGCAGAUGCAUAUAGACUCUCAUGAUGCUCUGGGAGUACUGAAUACUUUGUUUGAAAUUUUGGCUCCUUCAUCCCUUCGCCCUGUGGACAUGCUUUUAAGGAGUAUGUUUGUUACUCCUAAAACAAUGGCAUCAGUGAGCACCGUCCAGCUGUGGAUUUCUGGAAUUUUAGCUAUCCUUAGAGUUCUGAUUUCACAGUCAACAGAAGACAUCGUUCUGUCCCGUAUACAAGAGCUUUCCUUCUCACCGUAUUUGAUUUCAUGUCAAGCCAUUGACAGACUGAGAUGUGGAGAAAAUAAUGUAGCUGCACCAGAGGAUCAUACUGAGGUUAAACAGGCUAAAUAUCUGCCUGAAGAGACAUUUUCUAGGUUCUUAUUACAACUUGUUGGCAUUCUACUGGAAGAUAUUGUAACCAAACAAUUGAAAGUAGACAUGAAUGAGCAGCAGCAUACUUUCUACUGCCAGGAGCUGGGCACGCUGCUUAUGUGCUUAAUACAUAUCUUCAAAUCAGGGAUGUUUAGAAGAAUCACUGCUGCAGCCACCAGGCUUUUUACAGGAGAUGGAUCUGAUGGUAGUUUCUAUACCCUUGAAAGUUUGAGUGAACUUGUUCAGUCCAUGAUUCCCACACAUCCUUCUUUAGUUCUCCUCUGGUGUCAAAUUCUGCUUCUUGUCAACUAUACCAACUACAACUGGUGGUCAGAAGUGCAUCAAACCCCAAAGAGACACAGUCUUUCUACGACUAAAUUGCUUAGCCCUCAGAUAUCUGGAGACAGUGAUGAAUCGACUUUGGAAUCUAAACGUGGCAUGUGCAAUCGAGAGAUAGUGAGAAGAGGAGCACUCAUUCUUUUUUGUGACUAUGUUUGUCAAAACCUACAUGAUUCAGAACACUUGACCUGGCUUAUUGUGAAUCAUGUUCAAGACUUGAUUAAUCUGUCCCAUGAGCCUCCAGUACAAGACUUUAUUAGUGCUGUUCACAGGAAUUCAGCAGCUAGUGGUCUCUUCAUCCAGGCCAUUCAGUCACGAUGUGAGAAUCUUGCAGCUCCCACAACUCUGAAGAAGACUUUACAGUGCUUAGAGGGAAUACAUCUCAGCCAGUCUGGGGCUGUCUUAACAUUAUAUGUUGAUAAGCUUCUGUGUACUCCAUUCCGUGUGCUUGCUCGCAUGGUUGACACGCUGGCUUGCCGUCGGGUAGAAAUGCUUUUGGCUGCAACUUUACAGAACAGCAUUACUCAGUUACCUGUUGAAGAACUGGAUAGAAUUCAGGAAUACCUUCAAAACAGUGGAUUAGCAACAAGGCACCAAAGACUUUACUCGCUCUUGGAUAGGUUUCGUCUUAUGGUAGCACCAGACACAACUAGUCCUUCCCCUCUGGUUACCUCACACCCACUUGAUGGAGAAGACCAACCAGCUUUAGAGAACGUAGUUCUGGACAAAGACUGGUAUGUGUCACUAGUGAGGUCGCAGUGUUGCAUCAAGUCUGACUCAGCUCUUCUAGAAGGUGCAGAGCUGGUAAAUAGGAUUCCUCAGCCUGACCUGAACUCCUUCAUGACCAGCAAG